UCCGCCAGCCGCGGAGCGGGGCGCGGAGCGGAGCGCAGGGCGCGCAGCCGGACGGGCAGCGCCGGGCCGGCCCGCCAGCAGCCCCGGCAGCCUGCUGACACCCCCUGAGCAAGCCGGUGAGCACCCCUGAGCAUCCCCCCUCCGAGCAUCCCAGGAGCAUCCCCCAAGUGUCUCGGUGAGCAAGCGGUGAGAGACCCCCGAGCACCCGCGGACAUCCCGGGGAGCGACCCCUGAGCAUCCCCCGAGUGCCUCGGAGCUUCCCGACUUACCCAGGCACACUCCACCACCUCCCUGUGGCUCCAGCAUGAAUUGUGGGGCGCCCAAACCUGCCCCCCACCUGUCUUGAGUCCCCCAAGCCCGUGGUGCCUGUGGGGAGGCCCAUCCCCAGCCAUGGAGAAGACCUACUCAUUGACGGCCCACUACGACGAGUUUCAGGAGGUGAAAUACGUGAGCAAGUACCAGAGUGGCACCCUGCCCAAUGGCUUCACCCUCCAGCUGGGCGCUGGGGCCAAGAAACGCCGUGGGGGACUGCCACGCUGGAGCCGCCGGGAGGUCUGCCUGCUCUCAGGGCUGGUGUUUGCUGCGGGGCUCUGCGUCAUCUUGACAUGCAUGUUGGUGCUCAAGUACCUGGCGGCCGAAGGGGACAGCUACUGCCUGGAGGGUUGCCAGGAGAAGAAGGCCUUCCUGCGGGCGUCCCGCUUCCUCAGCGCUAACAUGGAUGCCACCAUCGACCCCUGCCAGGACUUCUACUCAUUUGCCUGCGGUGGCUGGCUCCGGCGACAUGGUAUUCCUGAGGACAAGCUGGUGUAUGGCACUAUCGGGGCCAUCGCUGAGCAGAACGAGGCCAAGCUGCGGGCGCUGCUGAGCCGCCCUGUGCGGCGCCGAGCCCCUGCCUCGGCCGAGAGGAAGGUCAAGGAGUUUUUCCGCUCAUGCUUGGACCGGGCUGAGAUUGACCGGCUGGGCCCGCGGCCCAUGCUAGAGGUCAUUGGGGAGUGUGGUGGCUGGGACGCCCCCCCAGGCCGUGGGGACCUCAACGAGCUGCUCUACAAGACGCAGGGGGUCUACAGCGCUGCCGUGCUCUUCUCCCUCACCGUCAGCCUGGAUGAGAGGAACACCUCCCGCUACGUCAUCCGGAUUGACCAGGAUGGGCUGACGCUGCCUGAACGGACCCUUUACCUGGGCCAGGACGAGGAGAGUGAGAAGAUCCUGGCUGCGUACCGGGUGUUCAUGGAGCGGCUGCUCACCCUUCUGGGGGCUGAGCAUGUGGAGCAGAAGGCCCAGGAGAUCCUGCAGCUGGAGCAGCACCUUGCCAAUAUCACGGUGUCUGAGUACGAUGAUGUGCGGAGGGACGUCAGCAGUGUGUACCACAAAGUGACCCUGGGCGAGCUGCAGCGCAUCACCCCCACUCUCAAGUGGAAGCGCUUGCUGGACCGCAUCUUCCACGACAACUUCUCGGAGGAGGAGGAGGUGGUGCUGCUGGCCACUGACUACAUGCACAAGGUGUCUGACCUCAUCCGCAUGACGCCCAGCAGGAUCCUUCACAACUACAUGCUGUGGCGCAUCGUGGUGGUGCUGAGCGAGCACCUCUCCACCCCCUUCCGUGACGCUAUCCAUGAGCUCUCCAAGGAGAUGGAGGGUAACGAGAAGCAGCUCGAGCGGGGCAAGAUCUGCCUGAGCCAGGCCAACAAGCACUUUGGCAUGGCCUUGGGUGCCCUCUUCGUUGAGGAGCACUUCUCCUCCACCAGCAAAGCCAAGGUGCAGCAGCUGGUGGAGGACAUCAAAUACAUCCUGGACCAGCGCCUGGAUGAGCUGGACUGGAUGGAUGAGGAGACACGGAGAGCGGCCAGGGCCAAGCUCCGGUACCUGAUGGUGAUGAUCGGGUACCCCGAUUUCCUGCUGAAGCCGGAGGCCAUCGACAAGGAGUAUGAGUUCGAGGUGGAUGAGAAGACCUACUUCAAGAACAUCCUCAACAGUAUCGCCUUUGGCAUCAGGCUCUCAGUGAAGAAGAUCCGUCAGGAGGUGGACAAGUCUGCGUGGCUGCUGCCUCCCCAGGCGCUGAACGCCUACUACCUGCCCAACAAGAACCAGAUGGUGUUCCCUGCUGGCAUCCUGCAGCCCACCCUCUACGACCCCGAGUUCCCGCAGUCUCUGAACUAUGGUGGGAUUGGCACGAUCAUCGGGCACGAGCUGACCCACGGCUAUGAUGACUGGGGGGGACAGUAUGACCGCCAUGGGAACCUGGUGCACUGGUGGACGGAGCGGUCAUACAGCAAGUUCCUGAAGAAGGCACAGUGUAUUGUCAACCUCUACGACAACUUCACCGUCUACAACCAGCGGGUGAAUGGCAAACACACAUUGGGGGAGAACAUCGCUGACAUGGGGGGGCUCAAACUCGCCUACUAUGCCUACCAGAAGUGGGUGCGGGAGCACGGCCCUGAGCACCCUCUGCACCACCUGAAAUACACUCAUGACCAGCUCUUCUUCAUCGCCUUUGCCCAGAAUUGGUGUAUCAAGCGGCGAUCCCAGUCCAUCUACCUGCAGGUGCUGACGGACAAGCAUGCCCCAGAGCACUACAGGGUCCUGGGCAGCGUCUCACAGUUCGAGGAGUUCGGACGGGUUUUCCACUGCCCUAAGAACUCACCCAUGAACCCAGUGCACAAGUGCUCAGUGUGGUGAGGCCAAUCCUCCCCCCAGGAGGCUGGCACCCCCCCAUCCCCAUCCCUGCCCGAGUGCCACCCUGUGCCCAUUCCCCACCUCCUCCCAUCUCCCCCUUCUACUCUCAAGGAAAAGGGGGCACCACUAUUAGGGGGUCACUCUCCCAAAGACAGGCACCCACCAGAAGGGUGGAGACAGCAGUGAGACACUUGGGGUGGGCAUGAGCUCCUGCCCAGAGGCAGGAGCCUCCUGCUAAUCCCUUUCUUACCCCACCCUGCGAACUGGAGGGGUAGUUCCCUGAGUCCCUAUGGAGGAACAAGGCAAUGCAGGACACCACCCCCAAGUACCUGUGUAACCCCUUUUCUCUCCACCCACUGCAAACCCUUCACCCAGCCCUACCACAUCUGGCCCAGCACCAGUUGGGGGAGGGAGAGUGAACCAGAGAUGUCAUGGGGCUGCUCCAUGCCAGAAGCCCCCCUGCCCAGUGCCCUCCCUGGCACCCCCUGUGCCAUCCCCAUCCUGUCCCCGCAUCAACCCUGCCAGUGGGUGGGCACAGCUGGCAAAGCUUGGGGCCAGGCAAUGCCAGCCUGCCCUGCCUGCCCUGGGAGUGUGGGGAGAUGGAUGCCUGCUGUAUUUUUCUCUGCUGUUUCUGGUCAAUAAAGU